UUGGGGCCGAGUGCUUUAAUUUCCGAGUCAGGUAAUGACAUUUUACUGACGAGUUUUGUAUUAAAUUACAAUUAAAAUAAAACAAAAGCCUCUAAUUAACAGCCGAAUACUAUGCAUAUAGCAACCAAAAUUGAUAAUGAUUUUACUAAUUAUAUUAUAAAUAUGUAAUAGGGAUAUUCAUUUAGUAACCGCAACAUUUUCCAAAUGAAUAACUGACGAGCAAUUUUGAGGUGUGAGGUCUAACUAUCUCCGAUAAGUGUGUCACAAUAUAAAAUAAACCAAGCAAGGGAAGGAUAACUACAAGCAAGAAAACGCGCAAUCACUCAACAUGGUGCUAAGUAUGGAGAAAUGGAUCGGCAAAGUUGCAAUUGUCACAGGUGCGAGUGCAGGGUGUGGUGCUUCAAUUGCAGAAGCGUUGGUGAAGAACGGCCUGAAGGUCGUGGGUCUUGCGCGUCGUGAAGAAAAAAUUCACGAACUUUCUAAUCGCCUUGAAAACCAGUCGGGCAAAUUGUACGCGUUUAAAUGCGACAUCACCGAGGAACAGGAGAUCGUGGCGGCGUUCGAAUGGGUCAAGAAUAAUUUGGGACCCAUCCACGUGCUCAUUAACAACGCCGGAAUUGCCACAUCGUCGAAUUUGAUCGACGGAGAUCCAGGAGAUUGGAUGGAGGUGCUCAAAACCAACGUCCUCGGUCUCACAAUUGCCACCAAACUGGCUGUACGCGAUAUGAUCGACAAUCAGAUAGACGGACAGAUUAUACAUAUAAACAGCGCACUGGGCCAUUUCAUUGGGAAUGUGCCCGAUUUAAACGUUUAUCCGGCAACCAAGUUUGCGGUGACCGCCCUCACCGAGACUCUUCGAAGGGAUCUCAAUAGCAUCGAGAGUAAAAUCAAAAUUACGAGUAUCAGUCCAGGACCAAUCGAGACCGAAUUCCAAUCUGGUCUUCUGCACAAUGAAGACUUGAGGGAUUUCUUUGCGAAAGCUCCAAAGCUUUUGGCAGAGGAUGUUGCGGAUGCCACCUUAUACGUGCUAUCGACACCUCCUCAUGCUCACGUCCAAGAGUUAAUGAUCCGACCUAUCGGUGAAAACAUUUAGUGUCCUCCAGGAAUAAGUUAAGAACGUAGUAGCACUUAAAAUGUAUUGGUCUUAGAAACUUGUCAAAUACACCUAAUUUCUUGUU